AAUCUCGUGUUCAGGGAGAUUUCGCGGGACUUUCUGAAAGUUGGUUGAAUGGAAAAGGCGUUGGAUAUCGCUUGGUAUCAAAUGUACUUUUUUACAAGUUUUACUGUUCAUCUCAAGCUCUUUUUAGUCUCUGCAAUUGGUCAUCUUACAAAGCAAGUUCCAGCACAGCACAGUAGAAGUUUGUAUGAAUGGCAGAGUGUUUUGUGGUUUACAGUUCGGAGUACUUUGUGGUUUACAGUUCUUACAGAACUGAGCCAGGGUUACGAGGAUUAUGAGAGCUAUGAGGAUUAUGCUAAGGACAGCUUUGAUAGUACUAUAAGUGAUGAAUCUGAAAUGACAAUGAUUGUUGUAGAAGUAAAUAUAGUUAUAGAAGUGAAUAAAUUAAAUCCACGUCUGACAUCUCGUUUGUAUUUAAAUAAAGUAAGGAAAACCAACGAGAUUACACACGCAACAUGUCCAGAUAUCAUUCCAGAUCUGCUAGAAUCCCUAACCAACAGUACAACCACAUCUCCAGUAGCAAAUCUGCCUACCAACACAGACUCUUCCUUGCAACUGUUGUCCUUUGGAACCGCCUGCCUCAAUAUCAGUAAAUCAGUCUACGUUGGACAGCUUGAAGGUUGUUCUAGAAACAAUAACACAUUCUAAACGCCAGACUUUGUUUUAUCAGUUUUUAAACA